AUGGCAUCCGACGAGACGAUAGAGCAAUGCCUGCAAAUCAUCGGCGAAGCCAUCUCUGUCGAACCUGAGGAGUUUCAGGACCACGAAACUUGGAAGUUCCUGGGACUCGGCGAUCUCUUGGCAUCCGCGACCGCCUCCGAUAUCAAGAACCAAGCCGGCGUGGAUGUACCGCCAGAUGUGUUCUCUUUAUAUCCUACUGUUGGCUCACUGAAGGCUUUCCUCAGGGGUGGCUCGUCUACGUCGAAUGGCGAUGCGAGUCGGCCGAGUACUGCGAUUCAUUCUCCGCUGAGACCUGGCGCUGCUCCCGAUCUCGGUCCGGCCGAUCCAUGGGAGGGUAUUCCGAAGCCGAAAGUGCCGUUGUCUGUGGUAUUGCAGGGAAAGCCCGAGACGGCGAAGACGGUUGUGUUUCUUUUCCCAGAUGGAAGUGGUGCGGGGACAUCGUAUGGGACUCUUCCUCCGAUCGGAAAGGAUGUCUGCUUGAUUGGACUAAAUUCGCCGUUCCUUCGCCAGGCGCAGAACUUCACGUGUUCGAUCGAGCGGAUGGCGAGGCUGUGGGUUGGCGAGGUUCGAAAGUUGCAGCCUAAGGGCAAGCCUUAUGUUUUGGGCGGCUGGUCUGCAGGUGGCUUCUAUUCGUAUGAGGUUGUGAGACUGUUGACCGCGGCUGGGGAGAAAGUCGAGCGACUAAUCUUGAUCGACUCGCCAUGUCGGCUGGAGUACGAGGCUUUGCCGGCGCAGGUCGUUCAAGAACUCACCAGGAAAGGACUUAUGGGAGCGUCCGGAGAGAAGAAGGCACCAGAGUGGCUAGUGCAGCAUUUCACAUCGACGGUCGGCUCAGUGGACAAGUACUGGCCGUCUGUCUUGUCAAAAGAGCACACCCCUCCCAAUGUGAAUUUCAUCUGGGUCAAGGAAGGAUUGGUGAAGAGUGUUCCGGAAUCUGGACUUCAGGUCGAUAUGAACAUCAAAGUCACUCGCUUUCUGUUGGAGCCGAGAGGCAACCUGCAAACUGAGCACUGGGAGAAGCUGCUCCCUGGAGCGAAGUACACGUUUGACUAUAUGACUGGAAACCACUUCCAGAUAACACAGCCGCCUCAUGUCGACAGUCUUGGAAAGAUUCUGAGCAAUCUGGUGGCGUCUUGA